UUACAAUUAAAUGCUAUAAGAAAUGAGUAACAGUUUAUAUUAAUAUAACAAUCAAUACAAUCAACUAGACAAGUUAUUGUCACUUGUAAUGUGUAGUUGAUUGAAGGUGAACUUAUAAAUCACGUUUAGUUGGUCACUAGCAAUCUCUUGAUAAUGGAGUUGGAAUCAAAUCUUAAUGAGACAUCAUCAUCCUGGACAAGUAAUCUCACAAAAAAAAGAGUAGCAUUCAUUGGGACUGGCGUUUUGCUUGCUACAGCUAUCAGUAUUAUUGUUGUCAUCAGUGUCAAAUCAUCGUCGAAGGCGCCGUUAGCUUUAAGUGUAUUCAAGGAUAAGAUGAAUUUGAUCAAAGAUGAAAUUAAAUGGAUUAGUUAUAGCACUGACAAUUAUUCACUGACUGAUGCUUUACCUGGCAGCACUGGAUCAGUGGAUAAGAAUAGUGUUUACCUUUGUCGAGCUGAGCAGUUAGCAUACCUCCUACCUGGAACUUUUGAUCAAACUGAUGCUUUAUGUAAAGUCGCAUACAUUAGAGUGCGUACCAAUCGAAAGUUUGAUUUGCUUGUUACAAGAAAUCCCUCUCGAUUAGUUUGGGAGAAAGAAUCAGCUAUCGGAUUAAAAGAAUCAAGUGGCCGAUUAAAAAUUGGUGCUAUUUCUGGUGGUUACAGUAAUAAUGAAGAGCUGUCUGUUGCACGAUUUGAUUACCAUGGCUAUAUGGCUCUCGGUGAUUUAAGUUUAAAAUAUAAAGAAGCUAGAGGACCAGCUGCAGGAUUCGAACAACACUCGGAAUAUUAUGAUGUUUUAUAUGUUGCUGAUUAUGCUCUGUAAAUAUUUUGAUGAAUAAUAACAUGAUUUUGAUUAUGAUAAAUAAAAAUGAAAACUUGAAUGAAUAA